AAUCACGCGUGAAGUGUUUCAUAAGAAUAAUUCUAUGUGCAGUUAACAACAGCAACAAAAAUAGAAGAUUGUUCGGAAAAUAUACACCCUGUAACUUCAUUAUAUUUUGUUUUGAAUUACCUUCGCUUGUUUUUGUGGGAAAUGUCAUUGAUUUUAGAGAGUUGCCAAUGUGUGUUCAUGCGGAGAGUUUUUGGUAUUUUGAAGCUAUGGUAUUUGUUGAUACGAGUGUUUAAAGAAAAUUAAUUAUAUUACAGAAUUAAUUCAAAAUUCCAGUUGAAACUUUUAUUUUGUAAUAUAAGUAAUUUUUUAAGAGAAAAAUGUGUGAGAAUGAAAUGUGAAUCGUGGAUGCCUUUACAAAAAUGAUGACCCAUCAAAGUAAAUUACCAUUGGCAACACUGUUUUAAUCCAAACGAAAUUGUUGCCUAGCGCAUUUUUAUUCGUGCUUCGUGUUCUUUUAUUUUGUUUUGAAACGACACAAGGAGAAAAUAAUUAAAACUUGUGUCUUUGAAAAAAAGCAUUUAAAGACAAGUAACAGUGUUUAAAAUAAAUAAUAUAGAACAAAUAUGAUGACCAUAAGUACCAACAACUAAACAUUACUUAAUGCUUCCUGAUCAUCUGCCCAAAGGAUCAAGCAAGCAGGGUGAUCUUUGAGAAGAAAUCCGCAUUGACGGAAAUCUAUAUAUUAAAAAGAAUAUAUAGUGUAAAAUUAAAUUAAGUCUGUAAGAAAAAACACAGGAGCAAAAGAAAAACUCAACAACUGACCCGACUACUCCACCGCUAUCAUGAGUCGUUACCAGAAUAGUGUUAGCAAAACAUCUUCGUCGUAUAACAACUAUUCCAACAGUACCACAAAUUCAAGUAACUAUAAAAAAAUGUCCAAUCGCCGGCAAGUGGAUCACGAGAGUGGCUACUAUGAGGAUAUUUCAGAGGACCCCUAUGGCUAUGGGGGAGGUGGUGGCAAUAAGCGCAUAAGACAACGUUCAAAUGACAUGGCCGCCAAGUACAACAAACGUCAGAAAAUCAAUAAUGCUGGCGUGGGCAUUAACCUAACCAAAACCGCAUCAAGAGAUAUAUCCUCUUCCACAACCUCUAAUCGGCAUGCCAGUCAUUCAAACAACAACAACAAUAAUGUCUAUGAAAAUCACACCGAUCAACGUAAAGUUUCUUCAUAUCACUAUCAAAACUCCAUUAUGAAUUCCCAGGGCAAAGCCAGGGAUUACACCAAUAAUAAUAAUGCCCAAAACAACAAUAACAACAACAUUAACAUAAAGAAUAUACAAAAAAAUAAAAAUCCAAUUUCGAACAGCAAGAUCAGCUCAAGUGCCAACUACAAUCACAAUAACAACAUCUACAGCAGCAACAGCUAUCAUCAAACGAAUGCGAAAAAUCCAAAAUCCUCUGGAUCUGAUGAAAUUGUUGAAGUUCCCGACAGUGAUGGUGAUGAGCCAAAGUCUAAAGCUGUAUCCUCCUCCACCUCCACUUCAAAGACAAAUAAAAUAAAAAAUGGCAGUGUCAACAGUAAUAACAGUGGAAAGUUCAAGACGGCUAGUAGUGGCGGUGGUGGUGGCGGCGGCGGUGGUGGUGGCGUUCCUACCUUUAUUGUCAAUGGCAGCAGCAGUGGCAGUAACAGCAAUCACUCCCUUCAGAACUAUGAAAAACAACAGGCCUCGGGUUCCAAAGCCACGGCAAAUGGCACUAGCGGUGCAGCAGUUGGUGGAGGUAGUUCCAGUAAAACACAUGCAGAUUCAAAUAAAAAGGCUGGCGAUACCACCGCAGAUAAUGGCCAAAAUAAUUCAAGUUCUGAUACGGAACGUUUGCAACGUGAAAUUGAGGAAGUUACCCAAGUUCCUACCAAUUAUGUUGUUAAACAGGAUGAGCAAGUGGACUUGUCGCACUUUAAGCUCAUACGAGUACUUGGCACAGGAGCUUAUGGUAAAGUUUUCCUGGUCCGCAAGCUCAAGGGCAAAGAUAAGGAUCAAUUGUAUGCCAUGAAAGUGCUCAAGAAGGAUACCGUUGUACAAAAGAAGAAAACUGCCGAGCACACCACCACCGAACGACAGGUUCUCGAGGCAAUACAACAAAGUCCGUUUCUUGUCGGUCUACACUAUGCCUUUCAAACCGAUUCAAAACUCUAUUUGGUUUUGGACUAUGUGAGUGGCGGUGAGCUUUUCACGCAUUUGUAUAAGGCCGAACAUUUUUCCGAAUCCACGGUACGUGUUUAUAUUGCCGAAGUGGUUCUUGCCCUGGAACAUCUACACAAAUUGGGCAUUAUUUAUCGUGACAUUAAAUUGGAAAACAUCCUACUCGAUGGCCAGGGGCAUAUUGUCCUUGCCGAUUUUGGUCUUUCGAAAAUCUUUACACCCGACUCCGAUCAUCGGGCGCACAGUUUUUGUGGCACCCUUGAGUACAUGGCCCCGGAGAUAAUAAGAGCCGGUCCCAAUGGUCAUGAUUUGGCUGUAGAUUGGUGGUCUGUUGGUGUCUUAACCUAUGAAUUGUUGACGGGUGCUUCGCCCUUUACCGUUGUGGAACAACAAAAUUCCCAAAGUGAUAUAUCACGUCGCAUACAAAAAGUUGAUCCUGUACUACCUCCAACUCUGGGUGAACAUGUUAAAGACUUUAUUUUGAAAAUGUUACAUAAAGAUCCGAAGAAGCGUUUGGGUGGAAAUAGUCCGAAUGCCACCGAAAUUAAAAGUCAUCCAUUCUUUCGCGGCAUCAAUUGGAAUGAGCUGAAGAGUAAACGGCGAAAAGCUCCGUUUAAACCCGCCCUGGACAGUGAAGAUGAUACACAAAAUUUCAGUGAAGAAUUCACCAAGCAACCAGCUAUUGAUUCACCAGCGCCGGUACCAUCGAACACACAUCGUCUGUUUCGUGGUUAUUCAUAUGUGGCACCACAGCAUCGUAAACCUGUGCCAGAAUUUGAAAGUCAGCCGAACAACGGUUUGGAAUAUUGCAAUAAAUCUGUGCUGGACCCCAUGCCAGCACCCACUAACAUUGAACUCCGUGAUCUGUGUAGCAGCGGUGCCUUUGGCAAAUGUUAUCUCGGUUGGGAUGAGUCCAACAGAACAAUUGUUGCAAUUAAAGUAAUACCCGUAAGCAAAUAUAGACCCUCCGAAUUGGAUGCUUUGAUCUCAUGUGCCCAAGAUGGUCAUAAAUAUAUAGCGCAAUAUUUGGGAGCCUAUCGCAGUGGCUCAGAUAUAUGGAUUGUACAAGAAUAUGUACCUGGCUGUGAGCUUUCCGAUUUAAUUGUCCAACAUGAGGAGGGUAUGGACGAGAUGUCUUGCCUGAAUGUGAUCGUGCAUAUGUUGGAUGCCAUUCAGCAUAUACACAAGCGGCAAUUUAUCCAUGGGGACCUGAAACCGGAAAAUAUAAUUUUCGUUGGCGAUGAUAUGAGUGAAAGCAAACUGGUGGACUUUGGAGCUGCAAGCUAUCAUGGCGACCUGGAAUGCUGGAAUGAUAGGCCGCGUUUCACCAUAGACUAUGCGCCGCCCGAAAUGUUAGAGGAUCCUGAGAUGGGUACGUAUUCAAAAGCUGUGGAUAUUUGGUGUUUAGGUGCCACCUUGUAUACAAUGUAUAUGGGACAUUCACCCUUUCGGCGGGGCCGAGAGGAUCGCGCUGUUAGCGUGGAUGUACAUAGGCAACGGAUUUUAAAUGAAGACUUUUAUAUGGCAUCCCAACGCUGGCAAGAGGCCAGUGCAGAAUUACAAAGCCUUAUAAAGGGUUGCCUGGAAAAGGAUGUAACCAAAAGAUUAACACUCUUGGAUAUUGUCGAUCACAGCUGGUUCCAUAUUCUACACGAUAAUGUUCCGAAUGUGGAGGACAGUGAGGAAAUGCGAGAGCUUAAGUCUCCCUUGGAACACAUUAAAUAUGAGGCAACUGAAGAAAACGACGAAGAAGAAGAAGAAGUUGUUGGAGAAACAACGUUACAGGACACAGCAUCUGUAACACCAAUUGGUGUUUUAGAACAAACAGAGGAGGAUGCAACAGAUGUCGUUGACCUUAAGCUUGAAACCAUUAUUGAAGAGGAUGGCGUGGAGAUGGAGCAAAGUGUAGAACAUUACAAUCCAGAAGAUGUUAUACAAACCAUUGUUGCCGAAGAAACCAAGGAAUUACCAAGUAUUGGACUUGAUCAAAGUAGUACUGCUCAAAUCGAAAAUGUGGCAUCUGAUGAUAUUCAAACACAAGAAAACGUUCAAACCUCAGAUGAUAGUUGCUCGGAUUUGGAAGACUUCUGUGGUUUCAGUGAAAAUUUGUCACCCUCAACAACAAAACACCUCAAGGAACUGAUCAGUUUGUUGACCUCCUUAAGACGUUGCAAACGAUCAUAUAUGUCGGACAAUGUCAAACAAUUGCCUGCGGUAAAAACCGCCGAAAGAAAACUAACCAGCACGAGACAUUCGGCACGCAAUGUCCAACCACUGCAGAAUAGCUCGAAUGAAGCGAAUCGAAGAGCAACCAGGACCACCAGAGUUAACACAAAUGACAACAACAAACUAACCAAAUUAGACUCCAAGUCAUUAAAAAUAACACCGAGAAGUACUAAGAAACAACAGCAGCAGGCACAAACGGCUGUUAAAGCUGCUGCACUGAAAAAGGAACCCGAAACGCCGGUUUCAAUAAUCGUCGAAACUAUGGUGGAUGACAGUUUUCUGGGCUUCAGAGAUGCCCUGAAUUGCAAAACGAAAAUGCGUGCUUUUAAUUUAAUGUUACACCAUACUCAAGUGGCUUUAAAGCAUUUUAAUAUCGAAAGACGUGUAUAUAACAGGACCAGCAUUAGGAGUAGACAAAGUUUAGAGAAAAAACAACAACAACAACACAAAUCAUCUAGUACGACGCCACAAAAAGAUGAAGACGUAGAAGACGAAGAACAAAUAAUUAUUCCUGCCAAUGAAAAUAGUAGCAAACAUGAGGUGGUAGCGACAUCUACUGGCCGACGACAACCGGCCCGUAGUACACGUGCUCAGCGGGCGCGUUAUGUUUUCGAAUGAUUUUCGUGUAUAUUAAUUAUUAUGUUAUUCUCAGCUGGUCACUGCAUGCAUAUUACAGGGCAAUCUCUAAAUGAAAUGAGAAAUGAAAAAUAAGCAACACUAACAACAACAACAAACGUCUUGUGGGAAAAGUGCACUUAGGUCUUUUGCGAGGAGAAGUAGGGAUUUCUUUUUUGGGGAAUUUAAAUUUGAAUGAAAUUAAAAAAUAAACAAAAGCCAAUAAAUAGAUAACUAGGCAUAGGGAUUUUUUUUCGUUAGAGCAAAGUCAGGAUUGUAAUUAAAGGAGGAGUUAUAUUUCCAGAAUUUAGCGUUUUUAUACCCUACACCAAAAGGUGGUCAGGGUUAUGUUUGUGCAUUUGUUGGUAACAGGCAAAGGAAAUGAGAUAGACCCAUAAUUCUUUUUGGUGAUCUGCAUAGAGUCGAUUUAUGCAUGUCUGUCCGUCCGUCUGUCUGUUCAUGUAUUUUUGUAAGCUAAGUACAGGUCGAAUUUAUUGCCCGAUCCAGAUGAAAUUUUGCACAAAUCAUUUGUUUGACCUAAGGACGAAGCCUAUAGAAAUGGGAGAUAAUCGAACAAAAUUUAGCUAUAGCUCCCGUAUAUAUCUUUGUCCGAUCUGCCUUUGGAUUGUGCACCAAACGUGUAAUAUCAGUCCAAAUAGUAUGGAAUGUUGCGCAUACCAACAAAUUAGGCCUGAAAAUAAGUAUGCCAAAUUUUAUUGAAAUCGGUCCAAAUGUACCUAUAGCUUCCAUAUAUAUUGUUCGUCCGAUUUGUUGUUUUUCUCCUCCGCAGCCGGAAUAUGCACUCUGUAACAACGAUAUUUGGGGAAGUAUAGCAAAUACAAUUCAGAAAUACCUGUGCUAUAUUUUAUCGAAAUCGGUCCAAAUGUACCUAUAGCUCUCAUAUAUAUUUUCUUCGUCCGAUUUGUUAUUUUUGUCCUCCGCAGCCGUAAUAUGCACUCUGUAACAACGAUAUUUGGGGAAGUAUAUCAAAUACAUACCUUUUGCUAAAUUUUAUUGAGAUCGGUCCAGAUUUAGAUAUAGCUCACAGAUAUAUCUUCUUCCGAUUUGGCUUUUAUUGUGCACCAAACGUGGAAUAUUAGCCCCAAUUGGAUGGAAUUUGACACUUACGACCAAAUUGAGUCAAGAAACACGUAUAUCAAAUUUGGUGAACAUCGGUUGAGAUAUAGCUAUAGCUCCCAUAUAUAUUUUUUGUCCGAUUUCUUGAAUUUGUCUUGCUCAGCCGCAAUAAUCACGUCGUAGUAACGAAAUAUAUCAAAUACAACCUUAAAAUCAAUUUGCCAAAUUUUAUUGAGAUUUUUCAGAUUUGGAUAUAGCUACCAUACCAAUGCCUUGGCAAAUUUAGUAUAAAUCGAUUCAGAGGAUUUUAAGCCCUAUUUGGACUUUAAGUUAUAACCAUAAUCAUAAUUGGUAUGAUUUAGUUCUCACAAAUUUCCAUUAAAAAAACUUUUUUUUGUUAUGUGAAGCUAAGCUCUAAUAGAGCUUAGUGGUGUAGGGUAUCAUAAAGUCGGGCCAACGCCCGACUAUAAGACUUUCCUUUCCUGGUCUUAGUAUACAGAAUUAUCGAAUUGAGUCGUUUAGGUGGUCCAUAAUAAGUUGGUAAUAUAAACAAGAAAACUAUUUUGUUUGAUUAAAAUGUAAUUUAAAAAUUCUUUUGGAUAUUUUUCUGAACACAAAAUUAAGUUAUGAAACACAUAUGACUUGUCCACAUGUCUUGAAAUUUUUGGAAUUUUGUUUGAGUUCGAAUAGAGCCUAAGCCCUUCUUGGAAAUUUUGUUUACAAGUCUAGAUGUUGAUGAAAAACCUUUUUUUUUUGGACACAUAUGACUUUUGUAGAUGAUUUCAAAGUUUUAGAAUUUUUAGCCUAAGUCUUUUCUUUUGGAAACCUAAGUGCACUUAAUAUUGCAAAGAAGUUUGUAUGGGAAAAAGGCGUAUUUUAAAACACCCACACCCUUACAAAAGAAGAUAAAAAUAAAACGCCAAUUAGCAAAUAAAGACAAUUUCUUGUUGUCUUAGAUCGAUCUGAUAUUUCCUGCCCAGCCAAAUCCACACUUUCUUCAGACACACUUUGAUUUAAUACAGACAAAAAAAACACACACACAUACAUAAAUUAAAUAAUUAUUUACAUUAUGAUUUAUGUAUAUAUUUAAUAAAUAAUAACUAUAAAUAAAUUUUGUUACAACAUUCUUGUUGUAUACUACUAUAAUUCUAAUCUUAA